AUGUCCAAAGAUACUAUCAAGCUCGCCUCCGGCCACCAGAUGCCCCUCGUGGGGUUCGGUCUCUGGAAGGUCCCCAAGGAUACCGCUGCUGAUACUGUCUAUAAUGCGAUCAAGUCUGGUUACCGGCUCUUCGAUGGAGCGUACGACUACCAGAACGAGAAAGAGGCUGGCGAGGGCAUCAAGCGCGCAAUUGACGAGGGUCUUGUAAAGCGCGAGGAGGUCUUCAUCACCACAAAGCUUUGGAAUAAUUAUCACAGCAAGGAGCAUGCGCUUCCUAUGAUCAAGAAGCAAAAUGAGGCAUGGGGACUAGGCUACAUUGACCUGCUUCUAAUCCACUUCCCAUGCGCUCUUGAAUACGUUGACCCCGAGAAGGGAACACGAUACCCUGGAUGGUGGAUGGAAGACAAGAAGACAGUCAAGCCUGCCAAUGUCUCCGUUCGUGAGACAUGGGAGUCCCUCGAAGCUGCCGUCGACCAAGGCAUCGCCAAAUCCAUCGGUGUUUCCAACUUCCAAGCCCAAUCCCUCUACGACAUGUUCACCUACGCUAAGCACCCCGUCUCUGCCCUCCAGAUCGAGCACCACCCGUACCUUACACAGCCUGGCCUGGUCAAGAUGGCACAGACGCACGAUAUCGCUGUUACUGCGUACUCGUCAUUCGGGCCCCAGAGUUUCUUGGAGCUGCCCCCGGCCUUCAGGCAGCGAGCUACUGAUGUGAGCUUGUUGUUUGAUGCCGAGACCGUCAAGAAGAUUGCGCAGAAGCAUAGCAAGACCCCCGCACAGGUUCUGCUCAGGUGGGCGACACAGAGGAACAUCGCCGUCAUCCCCAAGUCAAAUAACAAGGACCGUCUCGCUCAGAAUCUGGAUGUCACAAGCUUUGAUUUGUCCAAGGAGGAGCUCGAAUCCAUCUCGGCACUUGAUAAGGGGCUGAGGUUCAAUGACCCGGGUCACUACCUGCCUGAUCACCCACUACAUAUUUUCGCUUAG